AUGCCCUCGCCUCAGUCAGAAGACUCCCUCGAGUCACCCCCUAGGGAUGCACUCCGCAAAAGGUUCCGCUGCUCACACCCCGGCUGCACCAAAACGUUCGCCCGUAAAGACUAUCUCGAGCGUCAUGCUGCAAAUCAUCUGACAGCACGGCCUUUCGUCUGUCCUACAUGCUCAAAGGCUUAUGCGCGGGCAGACGUCCUCAAGCGGCAUACCACAAAUCACCCAACAAGGGGACAUAAAUUUAAAGCAGCUCUCGCUCAGCUCGCAGUCGCAGGAGAACGGGUCACUCCUCCUGGUCAAACCCCUCUUCCCGAUCAUGAGACCCAGGCGACAUCUCCAGUCGAUGCUCCAACCUCGCCACCCCUCAACCUUCCCGGUAUGGAUAUCGUGUCAAAGCUCACCUACCCCACCUCUUCCGACCCCCAAGCCUUGUCCACAUUGUCACUGGAGAAGAUCGAAAACGACAAUGCCCCUCUCAACGAGCUCUACUCUUGGUUCCUUGGCACAGAUAUAGCUUCAGACGAUUUGAUAUCAGCUGCUGACGAAGCGCCGUGUGAUUGGUCUACAUUGUUUGACUUGUCUUCGGUCAGUACGCCGGAAGUGUCGGAAGAGAUUGUUGAUACGGAGAGCUGGCGGGGGUUGCAAGACUUUAUCACCAGCAUCGGCUGCACCCCACCAUCUGCAGGUCUAUCCGAGGAAGAAGCACACCAAUACGUCGAACUCUACUUCCAACAUUUCCAGCCCCUGUUCCCUAUCCUGCACCGCCCAUCUCUCCGCUCCCGAGGUUGUCAUCCCAUGCUCCUCCUAUCCAUCAUCCUCCUCGGCGCUGUCUACGUCUCUUCCUCCUCCCGCACCCCUUCCUCUCCUUCGACAGGACUUGACAAAGUAGACGCUAUGAACCUCCAACGCCGUCUCCGUUUACACAUUUUCGACAUCCUCGAAACGACCAAAAACCCUUCGUUAUACGUAUUUCAAGCGCUCUUUCUAGGGAAUUAUUAUGGUCGGAUGUAUGCUAAUGCUGCGAGCCGUGAUAUCAACCAAAUAUACCAUUCCGCCGGCGUAACAGCAGCCCGAUUUCACGGCCUUUUCACACCCCCCUCCUCCUCCUCAUCUAAAAACGCCACUGAGGCCUCGGAAGAAGUACCUCAAGAGUAUAAAUGGAUGAAAUGGGCAGCGGAGGAAGAGCGGAUAAGACUGGCGUGGAUGGUUUUUGUCUUUGAUACGUUCAGCGCGGGGAUCUUGAGGCAUAGUGUAAUGUUGCAAUGCUUCUCUCUAUCCAUCCCCCUACCCUGCGCUUCAUCCCUCUGGCAAGCCUCAUCUUCCCACUCUUGGUCUUCCCUCCACCCCACCACCCCCUCCUCUCCCUCCCCCGCAGCAUCGCUCCCAUUCCGCCCAGCGAUCAAGCAAAUCCUGGAAGAUUCUCGUAUGGACGAUACGAUAUCGCCUUUCGGGAGAUGGUGUAUCUUGCAUGGUCUUGUUUCACUUACGUGGUCUCUAUCAGUCCAAGGUGCCGACGUAUUCACCCUCGCCCGCCGUGCCCAAAUCACCGUGUGGAAGGGGACAGUGUAUAAUGCGUUGAUGGGGUGGCAGCAUCGGUGUAUGUCGAAUUUGUCGGCUAUGUCUGCUUCUACUCGCGGCGUUGGAGAAAGAGAAGGGGGAGGGGAAGAUGGGUUGAAGGAGGUUACGCAGGCGGGGGUACCGCUUUGUACUAUUUGUGUGAUCACGCUGUUGACGGAUAUGGACGCUGUCCGAAUACUCGCCGGUGCUCAAAAGAUUAAUGGGCGUGAUAUCUCGGCAGAAGAUCGGACGGCGGCAAGGGCUUCGCUGGAAACGUGGGCUCAGUCGUCUGAGGGUAGGCAGAGUUGUUGGUGUGCUGUUGGCAUGCUUCAGUUGGUGUAUCAGUGGAUCCAAGCAGGCGAGAUCGACUCGAUGCCGCCUUCCACUUUGUGGUGUAUCUACCUCGCCACCCUCGUCGUCUGGAUAUUCACAGCCCUCAUCGAAGAACGCCCCAUCAAAACAUCCCCCUCCCUCAUUCCCCUCUCCACCCGCUGCCUCAUCCGCGCUCCCCUCGCCCUCCAAACAUCCCAAUCCUUCCUCGAACGCGUCCUAGCCUCAGAAGAUCCAAUUAAUUUAUCGGCAGUGUCGAAUUUGGAAGAUUGCACGGCGUUGGUAGCUUAUGCGGCGCAUCUGUGUGGGGAGAAGGAGUGGGGAGGGCUGGAUGGGGCUACGAGGGUGCUUUAUGGGCUGUUGAAGCAUGUGGAGUUGACGAGGAAGCAGUGGUAUGCGAAUUGCUAG